AUGCCGCAUCUCUGGAGUCUCCAGGAGCGUCACCUCAUCCACAUCGCCUUCUCCGAGUACAACCUUCCUCCAGAACACGUCGCCAGCGUCUUUGCGCACGCCUUCUCGACAGGUCACUGGCCAGAUGGUCUUCCCAGCGAUCUCCGUCUCCGCGACGAGUACAACUCAAGAUACCAGACAGGUCGCUCGAAGCAGUGGCGUGAGCAUGUAGAGCGCAACAACUACACCGCAGCGCAGGAGCAAGAUCGUCAGCAGGCGCGUGGCAGGAUCCAGGUUGCGGCACAAGCACUGAACAUUACCUUGACAGGAACUGCACCAGCGCCAACCACUGCUCUAGCUCAGGCUACUCCGGUGACUUCUGCACCAGUGCAAUCUACUCCAGCUCCUGCUGGCCCGGCCAACACACCUGCAGCAAACGGCCAGCCAGCGACAGCAACUGCGACUACCGCGCCAGCCGGCAACACUUUGAAGCGCAAGAGACCUAUAUCCGAGCCAUACAAGCACCAUACCAUCUUCACGAAUGGCGUCGGGGGCGAGGCAAAGAAGGCUGAGACUACAACACCAACAGCUCGAGCUACCAGGGCCGCAGCUCGCAUGACUGCAGAACAUGAGAGACUUGGAGCAGAUCGGGGCAACGACGCUGCUCAAGGCGGUGAACUUGCUAUCAACGACGACGGCGAAGCCAUUCAACCAGACAACCCGAUCGCACAGAACAACACAGACGCCAGUGAUGAUGAGGCAGCCACUGAUGAUCAGAUUCCGCUCGAAUUCGACGGCCGCUCAAACGCAGCGAUCCUCAAAGCAAAGAUGCGCAGACACGCCAAGCUCCCUAUCGCACCUGCUGGUACCGGCAUCCCUACUGCUCAGCCCACCCCAGUUGACGCCGCUCCCACCAUGCUCGCCGACGCCAACAGCAGCAGAGAAGCCACCCCUCAGGACCAAGACCCCGACGCCAACAGCAGCAGAGAAUCAACCCCUCAAGACCAAGACGCCGAAGGUCCAGCCCACGACGGCCCAACGUUCGAGCAAAUCCACGAACACCAGCGACUUGCGAACCCACUCCACCCAGCCAAUCCACAAUCGGAGAACAUCCGCCGCAACGCCACUGCUGCUGCUGCUCGCGCAGCCCAGAGAACGGCACCGAUCUGGAUCGCGAUGAUCGCUACACCGGAGCAGAGGGAGCACGCUAUUCGGGUCAUUGAGGCUGAGAUUGAGCGUCGCCGUCUUGAGGGGGAGGAGGACGAUGCGGAGCUGAAUGAGGAUGUGGGUGAUGAGGAGGAGGAUGUUCGCACCGAGGGCGAGGAGGGCGAGGAGGGCGGGGAGGGCGAGGAGACUUGA